AUGUCACUCCCCGGCGUUUUAGAGAGAGGUGAUGAAGUGCUAAAUCAAUUCGAUAGAAGGAACCCUUUUUGGAAUUUUUCAAGUCAUGCAACAUGUUUAUUAGCUGUUGGUUGGUCAAAACUAGUAUUAUAUACUUCAUAUAAACCAAAAAUUACAGGUUUAGAAAUAUUAGACCAAGCAUUAGAAAAAUCUCAAAAAGAAAAUAGAGGUAUUAUGACAAUAAUGAAUCAUAUGUCUGUUGUUGAUGAUCCUUUCCUUUGGGGUUGUUUACCAUGGAGAUUUUAUCGUGAUAUUGAUCAUAUUAGAUGGGGGUUGGGUGCACAUAAUGUUUGUUUCCAAAAUAAAUUUUUGACAUAUUUUUUUUCAUUGGGAAAAAUUUUACCAACUGAAAGAUUUGGAGUUGGUCCUUUCCAAAGUUCAUUAGAUGCAGCAAUUAGAAUCAUGUCACCUGAUGAUUCAUUAAAUUUAGUUUAUGAUGGUACUGAAGAAACUAAUACUAAAUGGGUAAACCCUGCAAAACAAGAAUUAAAUAAGAUUACACCAUUAGCCCAAAUCUCUAAAGAAUAUAUAUCACCAAUAAUAAGAUCAAAACCUUCAUGGAUCCAUGUUUUCCCUGAAGGAUUUGUAUUACAAUUACAACAACCUUUCCAAAAUUCAAUGAGAUAUUUUAAAUGGGGGAUAACAAGAAUUAUUUUGGAAUCAACAAGACAACCUAUAAUUAUACCUAUUUUCAGUACAGGAUUUGAAAAAAUUGCACCUGAAUCUGCUGCAGGUGGUGGACUUUUAGAAAGAUUUUUACCUGCAAAUUUUGGUACAGAGAUUAAUAUUACUAUAGGGAAUCCAAUUGAUGAUAAAAUUAUUGAAAAUUUUAGAAAAGAAUGGUUAGACUUGGUUCAAAAACAUUUAAAUUCAGGUGAAGGUGAUUUAAAUGAUGAAUUAAAAUUUGGUAAAGCUGCACAAGCUCUAAGAUCUAAGAUAUCAUCAGAAUUAAGAAAAGCAGUUUUAGAAAUUCGUAAUUCCACGGGGAUGUUCCCACCUGAAGAUUCAAGAUUUAAAGAUCAUAAAUUUUGGCAUGAUUUUACCAAAAGUGAAGGUGAAAGUGCACCAGAAGUUAAAUUUAUUGGACAAAAUUGGGCUAUUAGAAGAUUACAAAAAUUUUUAAAAGAACAUGAUGAAUAUGAAAUGAGUAAAAAACAUGAAGAAAAAGUUAAAGAAGAGAAAUAG